AUGGUGGUGCUUGGCAGGUCGUCGGAGAUGGCGAACGAGGAGCUGGCUGUGGGGAAGGAUGACCUGGUGAACCUCUGGAGGCUGGUGGAUGGCAGGGACGGCGGCCCGGCCUGGAUCAAAAUGAUGGAGAAGUCGCUGCCCACCAUGACCUACCAGGCGUGGAGGAGGGAUGCCCAGACUGGGCCUCCACAAUAUCAGAGUAGCAGCAUCUUUGAGAACGCCACUCCAGAGGAAGUGAGGGACUUCUUCGGGGACGACGAGUUCCGAAUGUCCAACAAGUGGGAUGAUAUGCUUAUUUAUCAUAAGACGCUGGAGGAGUGCCAGACCACUGGGACGAUGAAAGUACAUUGGGUCCGGAAGUUCCCCUUCUUCUGCAGUGACAGAGAGUACAUAAUUGCUCGUCGGAUAUGGAAACUGGGGGGCGCCUAUUAUUGUGUCACAAAGGGUAUACCAUGCUCAUCCAUUCCACGGCGUAACAAACCUCGAAGAGUUGAUUUGUAUUAUUCAAGCUGGUGCAUCCGUGCAGUGGAAUCCAAGAGAGGGAACGGAGGGUUGACAGCCUGUGAGGUUCUCUUGUUUCACCAUGAGGACAUGGGUAUCCCAUAUGAGAUUGCAAAGCUUGGUAUUCGGCAAGGAAUGUGGGGAUGUGUAAAGAAAAUUGAGCCUGGACUCCGGGCCUAUCAGGAAGCCAGGGCUGCCGGGGAGCCAGCAUCACGGAGUGCCUUGAUGGCCCGAAUCAAUACUAAGGUCGGCGACAAUUUUGUUCGGUCAUUGGAGUCCAACAGCGACGAAUCAGAAAUCGUGGAAGCAGAAGAGAAGCCUGCGAGGAACCACGUGGCAAGGUUCCUUGUACUCGGAGGGGCAGUUGCUUUGGCCUGUACUCUUGAUCAAGGGCUCCUAACAAAGGCUCUCAUCUUUGGCGUCGCCCGGAAAUUCGUUGGGCAGAGGAAGACAUUGUAG